AUGUUCACUAAAAGAGAUGGCAAUGAUUUUACUGUCAUUGUUGCUUAUGUUGAUGAUCUCUUGAUUUCUGGUUCAAAUAGGUUCAUCAUCUCUCAUAUUAAAUCUCAACUUCACCAGGCUUUUACAAUCAAGGACCUGGGUGAUUUGAAGUUUUUUCUUGGCAUUGAGGUCCAUAGAACUUCAGAAGGGAUUCUUUUGAAUCAAAGAAAAUACAUUCUUGAUUUGCUUCGGGACACAAAAAUGGAAAAUUUCAAAUUUUCUCCUUUUUCAUUGCCCAAAGGUCUCAAACUUAGUACUUUGGUUGGUGGUUUAUUGGCUGAGAUCUACAGAAGACUUAUUGGGAAACUCCUAUAUUUGAACAUGACUAGGCCAGAUAUUUCCUAUUCUGUGCACCAACUUAGUCAAUUUUUAAGUGCUCCCAGGGCUCCUCAUUUUGCUGCUGCUUUACAUGUCCUGAAAUAUCUUAAGGUUUCUCUCAAUACAGGCUUAUUUUACAAUUCUAACAUUGAUUUUCAACUACAAGCUUAUAGUGAUGCUGAUUGGGGAACUUGUGCCUAUUCUGGCAAAUCUCUCACAGGUUAUUGUGUUUUUCUUGGUCAGUCCCUUAUUUCCUGGAAGACAAAGAAGCAAAAGGUUACUUCCAAAAGUUCCACAGAAGCUGAAUAUAGGUCUAUGAGUCAGACAACUAGUGAAUUAGUCUAG